AUGUUAACGGUAGUCUUGGGAUUGAGACUUGGCUCUUCUGGUGCUCUACGAUUUGGCUCAGCUGGACUCCAGCUGAACUUUCAGCUGGUUUUAAUGGUUCCUUCUUCAUCAGCCAAGGUCCCAGCCUCUGUGGGAACUGGGGUGUCUGUUCCACCAGUUGAAGUCUAUUCUCCUGCAUCUUCUUCUGUUCCAUCUAUUGUUUCUAACUCCCUUGGGUUUCCUGAGCUGCCUGGAGCUCCUGCUGCUCCUUUAUUUGUUGAGGCUGUAGAUAUUCCAGGACCCUAUGAAAUUUCUAUUAAACUUCCUCCACCUGCUGCCUUAGAGCUUUUCGAGCUACCUAGAGUGAUUCCAAAUUUGACUGGCGGUGCUUAG